AGUCUCGCAGCGGCGGCCGCGGCGAGCGGAGUCCCCGGGUCCCGGGAUGGCGGCGGGCGAGGCGGAGCCGGAGCUGCCCCCGCCGCCCGCGCCCGGCGGGCCCGCCACCGAGCGGGCCCUGGAGGAGGCGGCGGCGUCGGGCAGCCUGAGCCUGGCGGGGCGGCGGCUGCGGCUCUUCCCGGGCGGCGCGGCGCGGCGCUGGGACCUGAGCGACACCACCCAGGCCGAUCUCUCCCGGAACCGCUUUGCUGAAGUGCCCGAGGACGCCUGCCACCUGGUCUCCUUGGAGGGCCUGAGCUUGUACCACAACUGCCUGCGGACCAUCCCGCCGGCCAUCGCCAACCUGCAGUCCCUCACCUACCUGAACCUCAGCCGGAACCAGCUCACCUCCCUCCCGCCCUGCCUCUGUCUCCUGCCCCUCAAAGUCCUCGUCGCCAGCAACAACAAGCUGGCCUCGCUGCCCGACGAGACGGGCUCGCUGAGCAACCUGCGCCAGCUGGACGUGAGCUGCAAUGAACUCCAGUCCCUGCCAGCCAGCAUGGGCCAGCUGGAGACCCUGCGAGACCUGAACGUCCGGAGGAACCAGCUAACAGCCCUGCCUGAAGAGCUGUCGGAGCUGCCCCUGGUCCGUCUGGACUUCUCCUGCAACCGGAUCGCCCGAAUCCCCGUCUGCUACCGGCACCUCCGGCACCUGCAGACCAUCCUGCUGGACAAUAACCCCCUCCAGUCGCCGCCCGCGCAGAUCUGCCUGAAAGGCAAAAUCCACAUCUUCAAAUACCUCAACCUGGAAGCCUGCAGCAAAGCGGUGCCUGACCUAGCCGACUUCGCCCGGGCCAGCCGGCCCACCGGCUUUGGCACCUGCCUCUCCGACGAGCUCUACCCCGGCCGGCAGUACGGCGGCCUGGACUCCGGCUUCAACAGUGUCGACAGCGGCAGCAAGCGGUGGUCUGGGAACGAGUCCACAGACGAGUUCUCCGACCUGUCGUUCCGCAUCGCAGAGCUGGUGCGUGAUCCCCGCCAGCUGAAGGAGAAGCGGGACAGGGCAGCCAACGGAGAGCUGGAGCAGAUCGACUUCAUCGACAGCAGCGUGGAGGAGGAGGAGGCGGGCAAGCCGGAGAGCAGCUCGCAGGGCGCGGCCCCGGCGGAGGAGAAGCGGAAAGCAGAGAGGAGCCUUCCCCAGAGAGCCGAUGUCAGGGAGAAGGUGCCGAACAGCAGGCCCAGCCCUCCCCAGGAAGAGCCCCCCAGCGAGGAGCGGAGGCGUCCCGAGACACUGCAGAUCUGGCAGGAGAGGGAGCGGCAGCAGCAGGUGUUGCGGAGCCAGGCACUGGAGAAGCGGGACAGCCUGCUGAGGAUGGCGUCCAAAGAGAGCAGCAGCCUGCCCCAGAGGAAGCCGAGGGCCCAGGUCACGGAGCAGCCGUCCGGCAUCCCCAGCCCGGCGUCCCCUGGGCAGACGCCCCGGCAGCAGGAGUCCCCCCCCUCGCAGGUCUCCAGCCCCCUGGCACGGGAGCCCGGCUCGGCCCAGAAGCCCAGCAGCUUCCUCUUCCGCUCCUCGUCGCGGACCGCCAUCAAGCCCGGCUCCGCCUGCACCCCCCACGACUCCAGUGCGGACCCCCAGCACCCCCUGCGGCUACGGGCCGGCUCGCACGACAUGGACGAGAAGGAGUUAACAGCCCAGCUCCGCAAGGCCAUCGAGUCGCGGCUCAGCGUGACGCUGGCGGAGGACCUGGGUGACGCCCUGGCCAACGGGGCCGUGCUGUGCCAGCUGGCCAACCACCUGCGCCCGCGCUCUGUGCCCUUCAUCCACGUCCCGUCUCCCGCCGUGCCAAAGCUGAACAAGAUCAAAUGUCGGAAGAACGUGGAGAGCUUCCUGGAGGCCUGUCGCCGCAUGGGGGUCCCGGAGGAAGCCCUAUGCCAGCCCCAGCACGUCCUGGACGAGGAGAGCCUGGCGCCGCUGGCCCGGACCGUCCAGGCCCUGCUGACUGUGGCCCCGCCCCUGAAGAAGCCGACGCCCCCCGAGGGCACCUCCAGCAAGAUCUGAGGGGUGGGGGCCCUGGCACUAAUGGCACGGCCGAGGGGCCAGGGACUAGAACGCCCCGGGCCCUGUGGGGGCUGGACAAUGCUGAGAGUUCCCCCAUAUGGGGCAGUAGGGGGCCCGGCUCAACCCCAACAGCACAGACGGUACAGGGAGGGGCCCUGACCCCUGCCCCAUAGCGAGGAAUGGUGUCAGCGGUGGGAUCCUCAGAUCAAGCCCAGCUCCUGUUGCUCAACCCGUCCCCUCCAGCGGCUUUCCCCCAGGGCGGCCUGGCAGCUGCGCGAGCCCCCUUGGGCUAGAGUGCGGGGGGGAGGUUGUGAGCAGAUGUGGGGUAAGGAUGGGGGUGUUGAGCUCAAGGGGGGGGCUGUUUUAUUUCCCUGAAGGGAGGAAAUCGGGGCCAGGCACCAGCUGCUCCCCCUCUCGGAGCGACGGGCUCAGGCUCCCUGCAGACUCAGGCAGGGUCGCCAGACUGGGGUGUCUCGGGGCAGCCGCUGGCCGUGGGGCACUGGGGCUGUGUGGGGCUGCGGGAGGUCACAGGUGAAGAGGAGGCAGCCCCCACUCCAGCCCCCUUUCCUUCCUUUCCAUGUUUCCUGGGGGCACAUUGCCCUGACCAAGCGAGGGUUGGGGUGUGCCCCCUGGGCUGCUCCUGGCACCCCCCGUCCCCAGCAGCCCCUCGCUGCAGCCCUGCCCCCACCCCCAGGCCUAGGCCCCAGCCCCUGAUUCCCCUCCUGGGGGGGGGGGGGUCCCGGCCGCUCCUGGUCUGAGCUGUACCCUGGGCCCCCCCUAACCCGCCUCCCGGUGAGGGGGACCACAGUGUCCUGGGUUCUCUCCCCAGCUCUGGGAGGGGAAGGGGGGCUGGGGGGGUGAGAGCAGGGGGGGCUCAGAGCCAGGACUCCUGGGUUCUCUCCCUGGCUCUGGGAAGGGGAAGGGGGGAUGGUGGGUGAGAGCAGUGGGGGCUGGGACCCAGGACUCCUGGGUUCUCUCCCCUGCUCUGGGAGGUGUGGGGGGCUAGUGGGUUAGGGAAGGGGAGGGGAGAGCCCGGACUCCUGGGUUCUCUCCUGGCUCCCAGGGUUGUGCCCUCUAGUGGAAUAAAGAGGUAAAUGAACCACC